GACAAAAUGCUUCACAUUCUUGCCUUGUUUUCCUUCCUCCUCGUCUCCUCCUCACAUGCAGCAGUCCAAGACUUCUGUGUGGCGGACUUGACAGCCCCACAAGGCCCUGCAGGCUACUCCUGCAAGACGCCUGCAGAAGUAACAGCUGAUGAUUUCAUGUAUUCAGGCCUAAGUGUGCCUGGAAACACCUCAACCCUCUUCAAUGCCGCCAUCAACACAGCAUUUGUUGAUAAGUUUCCAGGCUUGAAUGGCCUUGGCGUCUCCAUGGCACGAGCAGACAUAGCCCCUGGCGGUGUGAUUCCAAUGCACACUCACCCCGGCGCUUCAGAGAUAAUUCUCAUAGCCAAGGGCUCUGUGACUGCUGGUUUAAUUUCUUCGGAUAAUACCGUCUACUUGAAGACACUCAAAGAGGGGGAGAUCAUGGUUUUCCCUCAAGGGUUGCUGCAUUUCCAGGUGAAUACUGGUCGGACACAGGCACUUCUUUGGGUUAGCUUCGGUAGCCCGAACCCUGGCCUCCAAAUCCUCAGCAAUGCGCUGUUUAGCAACAACUUGCCUUCUGAAUUGAUAGAGAAGACCACUUUUCUUGAUGAUAAUGAAGUGAAAAGACUCAAGACUCUUCUUGGUGGUUCUGGGUAAUUCAGCUUGGCGAGAACUUGUUAAUUUCUUGUCACCCUCCCACUAAGUAUGUAAUUCACUUUAAUUAGUCUUUCAAGCUAUUGAUUCUUUGGAUCAAUGGCAUGUGUGGAGUUCUAUAUUUGGUUUUCCAGUGUGAGAUUAAUUACCUUGUAAUAAUGUUCGUAUAUUGCUUUGCAACACCAAAUGUAGACCAUAAGUGUUGCCUGUUUUUCUUCUUUUAUAUAUGCUAAUGGGGUGUUACCGUGCUGAAAACCCCACGCGUGGAAAGAUUACUUUUGUAAAAUCUAGACGAAGUUAUUUUUUUUAGA